AUGUCGACCUCCCAGUUGUCCGGAAGGGCCUGCAAAACAUGCCGCCGCCGAGGACGGCGCUGCGACCGACGUCUCCCUGCAUGUGGUACCUGUGAGUCUAAUGCCCUGACUUGCGAGGGCUACUUGCUGCGGUGGUCGGGACUAGCAAGCAGAGGUAGACUUGCUGGCAAAACUGUUCCGGUCAGUUCAGGCUCGGGCGAGAAGCGACAAAAGCGAUCGCGACAUGCUCAACGGGGCCCCUCAUCACAGGCACCACCGCCGGUGUGUUCUAUUGACUCGUCAGCUGCUGAACCGACCGCUGGACCGACCGCUGAAAGGAGAAGAGAUAAUCAUGAUUCCCAACCCAGCAAUGAGGUGACUCGCAAUGACGACUCGACUGCUCCGCGGCCCGUCGAAUUUUCGCUGUGGGAUAUAGAUGCAGACUCGCAAAUUGACCCACUACUAUGCACUACUCCGCCUGAAGAGCCUGAUCAUGCGCUCUUAGACAGUGGAAUACUAGACCCGGCUCCCGAUUUCAAUAUGCCCUGUGAUGCACCUAUUGAAUCAGAACUAUCCUCAUAUUCGAAACUGUCUUUGUUCUUUGGACUCGAUCUAUUACGUAUCCCAGUGGAGUUGAACUUCAUCUUGGAGUACCAUCUCUGCGAAGUUGUUCCCAAGUUGUGCGUGGAUAACUACGCCCCCGAAAAUCCAUACCGUGACUACAUUUUCCCCCUUGCCACUGAGGUACCGUCUCUACUGUAUGCGUGUGCUGCUCUGGCAGCGUGCCAUUUCAACACACGACUCGGGACAACCCAGUUCCUGCCCGAGUUCUUAAGAUUCAAAGGCAAGGCAAUGAAGCGUCUCCAAGAAGAUUUGUAUUCCGAAUCGCGCGCCAAACACCCUGCAACUAUCGCGACGAUCCUCAUGCUCUGCCUCUGCGACAUCUGCCAAGGAGGGUUUUCCAACUUCGAAUCUCACUUUUGGGGAGCCAAGAAGUUGAUUGAAUUACGUGAUUCUGAACGUACCCUUGGCUGCUUUGUGGAACAGUAUCUGGUCUGGCUAGAUAUAAUGGCAGCUGCUUCACAUUCAAGACAGCCCGUAUUCUCUUCCCAAGAUGUAGAAGGGUUUUUAAAUGGGAGUGGUCGUAAUUGGAGCUUUGAUGUUUUCCCAUGCACCUCGGAGCAGUUCCAACUGGUGUGCGAGGCCGUCCGCCUCUAUAAGGGCGAGUGCAUUGCGGAGUCCCCGUCGCCAGAGACACUACACCAAGUGGAAGAGAUCAAGCAGAGAUUAUUGCAAAGCCCGGCUCAAUCAGACCGAGGAAAGCAUUGGUUUCACUUGACAGAGGCUUACAGGUAUGCGAUCCUGCUAUAUGUAAUACGGCUGUUUCAAUGUGAGACCGACGAGUAUGAGAUCGAUUGGCUGGCUUCAAGCGUCUUCUACCAUGCAAGAUCUACGCCUCCGGCCUCAGGAUGGUCUGACCAAUUACUUUGGCCGCUUUUCCAUGCUGGUCUUGAAACCCGGGACAGCGAACGGCACGAGUGGCUAAGAGAGCGAGCACGAUGCAUGCAGACAUCCGGCGGAUUUGGCAACGUGCAAAGCGCGCUAAACAUCUUAGAGGGCGUAUGGGCCAGUGAACGGUCUACGAAAUACUUAGACUUGAUGUUGGGAUCUGGAAAUGUCAAUCUGCUUCUCAUUUAA